GCCGGGCAGGAGAAGAGCGGAGCGUUGGAGCUGCUUGGGUCGGUUGACCGGCGCGGGCUGUGCGCUGCAUUCGGAACCGCCCGGUAUCCCGCACAGGACUCGCAGAGCAUCUCCAGGUCCCGGGUGUGGGUCUCUAACUCAGCCUGGCACAAAGGAAGCAAAGCACUGUACCACUCAGCUAUACCACAGAGCUCUGAUUUUCCUGUGGGCAUGGAGCAUCAACUACUGGAAAGAGUCCUCCGCAGUCAACCACAGUGUCCUGUCCACUCACCAUGGUGGGGAGAGCAGGCAGAAGCAUCCUUUUAUCAGAUGAAUGUCUUCAUCACAUUUUGUUAGUCAUCACAGAAAGGAUUUAAGUACUGAAAUGAUUAGAACUAAAAUUGCUCAUAGAAAAUCACUGUCUCAGAAGGAAAACAGAUACAAAGAAUAUGAACGAAAUAGACACUUUGGCUUGAAAGAUGUCAACAUUCCAACCUUGGAAAAUAGUGUUCUUGUUAACAUAAAUGAGACGUUGCAAGACCUUGUUCCAGAAAAAGCCAAUAUCAAGCCAAGGUCAAAGAAAACUAUUGAAAGUGAUGAACGAAAACUAAUGCUCCAAAAAUACAAAGAAGAAAAGCAACUUAAAAAACUGAAAGAACAGAGAGAAAAAGCUAAACAAGGAGUAUUUAAAACGGGUGUUUAUAGACCUGAUAUACCUCACUUUCUUUUAACAAAUCAGAAUGCUAUGAAACUUGAGCGGCAGAAGGGUAUUCCAUGUAAUGUACGGAUUACAAGAUCAAAGACCAAAGACCAAAUGGGACAUACUAAGAUUAGUAAUGGGAGUGGUGCUGGAGCAAUCCGACCUGGUCAAAAACAGACUUCUGAAAAGAUAGUGUUAGACAAAGAGAAAAAAGUUAUGCAGCCUGUAGUGUCUGCCUCAGUGAGAAUGACUCGAUCAGCUACUCAAGUUUCAAAACAGAUUGCCAGAACAGUCUCAUCUAUCACAGCAAGAAAGCCAGUCACAAGAGCUACUAAUGAUAAUGAGCCAGAAAGACAGGCAACAAAUAAAGGAAGACCUGCCAAAAAGAUGGAAACAAAAUCAGACAAGGUCAUUUCUUUUAAAGUUGAUAGUGAAGAAAAUACUUUGGAUUCAAAAACCAGUACAACAAAAGGAAUGGAACCAGAUGGAGUCUUACCAGAAAUGGAAAACUUGCCUAAGACAAAUCCUGCAAAAGGAAAGAAUUCCUUUGCUCCUAAAAAUUUUACGUUUCAGCCACUGGAUGGUCUGAAGACUUACGAAGUAACACCCAUGACUCCUAGAAGGUGGCAGUGCUUUCUUUGACACCCUUGGACCAUUAAUAAGACUGAAGAAAAAACAAAGGAAAUCUUGGCACAGCGAUGUAUAACCUCCUCUACUAAGAAGGACCAGCAAGAGUCAAAACAUGGCUUAAAUCAAAAUGAAGCUAUUAUUAAAAAUUCAAAUUGCCUUUCAAUAAAAGAAGUCUCAUCACUUGAAAUAAGUGAAGAUCAGAUAUCCCAGCCACACCAUGAUGUACCAUAUUUCAGAGAUAUCCUCCAGUCUGAAACUGAGAAAUUAACCUCACACUGCCUUGAGUGGGAAAGGAAGCUUGAAUUGGACAUUCCAGAUGAUGCUAAAGAUCUUAUUCGCACAGCAGUUGGUCAGACAAGACUCCUUAUUAAGGAAAGAUUUAAACAGUUUGAAGGACUGGUGAAUGAUUGUGAAUAUAAACGAGGUGAAAAGGAAACUACAUGUACAGAUCUGGAUGGAUUUUGGGAUAUGGUUAAUUUUCAGAUAGAAGAUGUUAACCGAAAAUUCAACAAUCUGACCAAACUUGAGGAAUCUGGAUGGCAAAACAAUAAUAAUACAAAGAAAAAAGUCUUUCGGAAAAAAAAAGUCUCAGGUAUCGAGAGUAAACCAAAACAGGAUGAUGGAAGGAUUGCAGCUAGAAAUCGUUUAGCUGCCAUCAAAAAUGCAGUAAGAGAGAGAAUUAAGCAAGAAGAGCACAAUGAGGCAGUGGCCUCUGUAAUGCCAAAGGAAGUUGACAAAAUAGUAUUUGAUGCUGGAUUUUUCAGGGUUGAGAGUCCUGUUAAAUCAUUCUCAGUUCUUUCCUCUGAGUGUCGUUCUCAAAGACUUGGAACACCUAAGUCUGUCAGUAAAGCUGUGCCCAAGAGCAGGGCUGGAGUGGACCUAAGACCGAGGAUGUCACUGGAGAAGCCUGAUCCUCAGAGUGAGCAAAGUGAUCAGAAGACAUUGUUUUCAAAUAUUCCAGAAAGCAGAAACAGCAGACUAGAAGAUGCUCAGUGUCCGGAAUUACAAGACUUAAUUGAGGUAAGUCAUGAUACAGAUAAGAUCAACUUUGAGAUGCAUUGUUUACCCAGUGAAAGAAUGAGUUUGCCUCUUGGUGAUGGGGUAGCAGAUGACACUACUACUAGCAAAAAAGACAUUUCAGAUGUAGAAGGAAUGGAACUGACUUCUUCAGUUACCUCACAAGAUGUGUUGAUGAGGAUCCCCGAAAAAGAUACAUUACAAAAUACUAUCUCAAAACAAGAAACUCUACCUUCUCAGUCAGCACUAUUUGAUCAUAAAAAUGUCACUACUGCAUGUCAUCUUCUUGAUUCACCAGGCCUAAACCUCGGUAGUCCAUGUACUCAGGUGGAGAGCAAACAUCAAGAACACUCCAGACACGUCUCUUUUGGUGGUAACCUGAUUGCCUUUUCCCCUCUGAGGCCUCUCAGUGGAGAACAACCAGGAAAGUUUUGA